AUGGGUUCAAUGAGCCAAUUAGAUGAUAGUGAAACACAUGACAAUAUAUAUCCUUCACCAUUAGAAAAUGAUACACAACUGAUUCUUUCAUCAUCAUCAUCUUCAUCUGCUGAUGAUGAUUUACUCACAACGAAUAUGUUAACACAUGAUCAACAGAUUAUUUUUGAUAAAGCACUUGGUGAAAUGUUAACACGACAUUUUUAUUUAAUACAACAUGAAUUUCUUUCAUCAGAUCAUUUCGAAGGUUGGAUAUAUACAUAUAAUCGUCAUCGUUAUAAAAUUAUCAUAAGUUAUUAUUUAUCAUGUUCAUGUAAAAAUUUUCGAAAAAAUUUUGUUUGUAAACAUUUUCUAU